AUGGCUUGCCACCUGAGAUCUGCUAGCAUGCCAUUGAGCCCUCGCUCCAGCGAGACCUCUGUUGAGGAACAUAUUCUGAGCCUGAAAGCAACUAUCUCUCUGCCUUCAGCGACCAUUGAAACCAUGGUAGAUGGUCUGAGCAAGCUCGGGAGCAUCUACAACCACAUAGAUGCACUCACAUGCCUGCCCAGCAGCCAGAGGAAGGCAGUGGAGGAGGAGCUGGAGCGCUCCGUCGCCCUGCUUGACCUCUGCAGCGCCAUGCAAGAGAGCUUUCUGGAACUCAAGGCCAGUGUCCAGGAGAUGCAGUUGGCUUUCAAAAGAGGAGACAACGCGGCUCUUCUGACCAAGAUUCAAUGCUAUGCCCGCUCAGCUAAGAAGGCGCAGAAGCUGUUCAAGAAGGUCAACAAUAAGACUGCCUCUGACAUACAAGGAUGCAGGGUGAUCAAUCUGGUCGCUGAAGCGAGGGAAAUUGCCGUGUUGAUCCUUGAAUUGACAUUGCAUCUCCUGUCGAAGCAAAUUGCGAUUCCAAGUUCUAGCAAGUGGUCACUCAUCUCCAAGUCGUUCCAAAAGAAGAGUGUCGUAUGCAAGGCGGAGCAAUUGCAAGGGUUGGAGCUGGACAUUGUUGAUCUUGAGAGCAGAGUUGGGACAUUGUUGAGAACGUUGAUCCAGAGCAGAGUGUCUGUUCUGAAUGCUCUUAGCUUGUAG